UUUGAGCCUCGGGAGAGAGGAAGAAGAAGCAGGGGCUGCCUCCGGCUGGCCCCCGGGCGCGGUGCUCGCCAAGGUGGUGGGGAGCCCCGGGGCUCGUUUGAGGAACAGGAGGAGGAGAAGAGGAGGAGGAGGAGGGGAGGAGGAGCCCAUUGGCUCCCGGAGCCGAGGGAUCCUAUAUCCUGAGUGAAUGGGGGCGGCCCCGGGAGCGGGCUGGGCGAGUCCUCUUCCCCGAGGAAGGAAAGGCGGUGAGGAGAAGGCGGCCGGCCGCUGCGCUGGGUGAGCCCUCGAGGUAUUCAUCCUCAUGAAGAAAACCAGCAUGUAAGAAGAUCUGAUUAGAACCAGUGUUCGCUUUAAGAUGCCACAAAGGGAAAAAACUCAUCUGCAAGUCCCAUCUUUCAAAACUGUCUGCACUCUUCCAACAGAAGAAAAAUCAUUUGGAGAAAUAUGACUUGUGGAAUCUGUGAAGGAAGCUGGCUUUACAAGGAUACUGAAUGAAAGACAGCAUGCCUUACAGUAGACACUUAUCCUGAAGGGGUGACACUGUGCUCUCAAGCUAAAACACGGGCACUCUAAAAACACUGAUCCUGACCAGGAAUAAGGAUUACAAGAACUGCAUCAGAAUGUUUGUUAGUCCUAGAAGAGUCAGAAAAUGCCAGUUUUUGCAGUUAUUUGCCACUUGUUUCAUACUAUGUCUCAUGAUUUUUUGGGGACCAUUUGAUAAUCACAUUGUAAGCCAUAUGAAGUCCUAUUCAUACAGAUACCUCAUAAAUAGCUACAACUUUGUGAAUGAAAGCUUGUCUGUCAACAGGGAAGACCUGGACAGAGUAUCAAGCUACCAGUACUUGAUCAACCACAGAGAGAAAUGUCAACAGCAGGAUGUCCUUCUCCUGUUGUUUGUGAAGACUUCUCCUGAAAAUCAUCAUCGGAGGGAUGCAAUUCGACGAACUUGGGGUAAUGAGAAAUACGUUCAGUCUCAACUUAAUGCCAAUAUUAAAACUCUGUUUGCUUUAGGACGACCCUCAGAUCAUCUGCAGCAAAGAAAACUAUAUUUGGAAGACCAGAAAUACAAUGACUUGAUUCAGCAAGAUUUCUUGGAUACUUUUCACAAUCUUACUCUUAAAUUACUUCUACAGUUUAGCUGGGUGAAUGCCUACUGUCCUCAUGCCAGGUUUAUUAUGUCUGCAGAUGAUGAUAUAUUUAUCCAUAUGCCGAAUCUUGUUGCUUAUCUCCAAAGUCUAGCACAAAUGGGUGUUCACGAUCUCUGGAUUGGCCGUGUUCAUCGUGGAUCCCCUCCCAUAAGAGACAAGACUAGCAAAUACUAUGUUCCAUAUGAAAUGUACCAGUGGCCCUCUUAUCCUGACUACACAGCAGGAGCUGCAUAUGUAAUAUCAAGUGAUGUAGCAGCUAAAGUAUAUGAGGCUUCAUUGACUCUCAAUACAAGUCUUUAUAUAGAUGAUGUCUUCAUGGGCCUCUGUGCCAAUAAAAUGGGAAUUGUACCACAAUACCAUGUAUUUUUUUCUGGGGAAGGAAAGGCUCCAUAUCAUCCCUGCAUUUACAACAAAAUGAUGACAUCUCAUGGACACGUAGAGGAUCUUCACCAUCUCUGGAAGCAGGCUACAGAUCCCCAAGUUAAAAAGAUUUCCUCGGGGCUUUGGGGUAGAGUAUACUGCAGAAUAGUUAAUAUUGUACUUCUCUGUAAACUAUACUAUGAGGACACAUAUCCCUGUUCAGCUGCCUUUUCUUAAUACUUGAAUAUCUGUGUUGAAGAUCCACUGAGCCAAAACAGAACAACAAACUUCUUAGCUGUUUAUUCAAAAUAUAUGUAAGUGUGAAAAGAGGGUAGAACUUAAAUGUGAAUAGCUGGGGUGGGGGUUGGGGGGUGAACCAGGGGAGGGGGAGGAGGAUGGUCCCAAGUUCUGUUCAGAAACUGUUAUUGGAAUAGCUCUCCUAUUGUACUGCAACUUUCUACAUUGUAGCCUGUUGUGUUUUUUCUUUUUACGUGCUUCAUAAGAUGAGAGUCUGGAUUAUAUGAUCACUAAAUGAACUAUAACGGGCUUCUAGGAUUUGAAGUGCUUGGUGAAAAUGUCAUUUACUUUGAACUUGAUUCAGUAUGUCUCAAAGCUUUUUUAAAAAGCAAUGUGAGCUAAGGCGCAUGAUUCAAAAAAAAAUCUAUAUCAAAAUGGAGUAGACCUUUCAAAAUAAAAGGAAAAUAGAACUUCUGAGUCAAUGAGACUAUUGUACUAGUCUAAGACGAAGUAAAUUGGUUACAAGUAUUCAGCACUUCUGAAUGCUUCACGGAAAGUGUACCUGUACCUGCAGAAUUGACAAACAGUGCUGGAAGACCUGCUACAAUCUUUUCCUCAAAGCUCUCUAAAUCUUUGAAGUAAGGAAAACUGUUUAAGUGCCCUCUGACUUUGUUCUUUUAAGUAACAAAUGAGCUCCCUUUAGAUCAGGAGUAAACUUUGAAGGAAGAAAAUCUAAUGUUACUUAAGCAACUGGUUUUGUUAAUCUCUGCCUUCUGAAAAAUGAAGCUGUAUAAUUAAUCCAAUCUCUAAUAAGCAAAUAGACUAAAUGCAUUUAAGGCCUGUUUUCUUUUAACAAUUCUUCUGUUUUCCUAUAUUCAUAGUUCUACAGGUGAAAAGCAAGCAAAAGUCAUAGCUGUAUUCCUUUAGAAUUUUAUAGUUAAAUUGAAGUUCUUAUUGACUUGAAAGAGCAAAGUUUCUUGCUUAUAUUUGUUAAAAUAUUUGUUAAAUAAGGAGAAUACUUUCUGCACGAGGUUUUGACUUCAUGGUGAAGGGACAGGGAGAUAAUGAACCACAAACUCAGUACACAAAUCAAAAUCACUAAACCUGAAGUUUUUUCCUGAAGACAAAACUAUUUACAGUUUUAGGGUAGUCUGUGUCCUCAAAACUCUAUCUUAAAUAGAGUUAAAUAAUAUCACCUGUAGAGGAACAAAAAUACCUGUGCAUUGUAAAUCUAGAUAUAGAACUAGGUGGUGUUGAAACUCCAGUUGUUAUGAGUUGUACUGUGGUGCCAUAUAAAUUUUGUAAAAACAAGGUUCUGCAGUCUUUUCUUGUAUUAUCUCACUGAUGGUGUCUUCACAGGUUUCCAGUACAGGUUAUUUAGUUGCUAAUUGCAAAGCCUGUGGUAGCUCUCCCUGGAGCGGAUACACAGACUGCACAAGGUACAGUCAGAUAUUGUUUGUGAACUGGUUUGAUGCUGGAAUGAGUUCUUGUGUGGGUAGUGUCAUGAAACUACUUGUGAAAGAUUGAAUGAGUCACGUUUAUCAGCACAGCAAUAACAAAUGACCCCAAAGCUUGCAAAUUACCAACUAUCUGUCACAUUUCUUGGAUCUGCCAGAAAUGUACUAUAUACAGGAGCAAUGCUACUUGCUUUUUAAGAUGUCUAAAGCUGGCCUUUUCUCUUCUGCCUGAAGUUUCUUGCUGCUACAGCAAUGUGGAGCAGUGAAUUACUUAAUUUGUCUUCUAACUUCACUUUACAACAGAUGCAUGUGGCACAGCAGUUUUAAACUGCAACUGGUAAACUUUGUUUAAAUGCUGCUGCUCUUGUUUUAAGGGUUUGAAUGGCUAAUACUAGCAUAGACAAACAGCACUGAGGUUGCUGUCUGUUCUUUAAACUGCCGUUUCAGAUGCAUGUUAGGUAACUACUGGAACUAAGUGGAAUAUGUAACUCUAAGUUAGAUUUCCAGGAGGGGGGGGAAGAAAUCCCAACUGGACUCAAAUGUUGGGUAUAUAGAGCCCACAAAUAACUCACUUGCCAGCAUUAACAUAGACUGCAACAGCUGUAUUUCAGGAACUCCAUGUUCUUGCCUAAACAGACUCAGAUUAAAAUCUGAGGAUGUUUUAAAACAAAAAAGAACACAACAAGCCACCAAACCUAGCUCUACAAUUUGUUGGCUCUAGCAGGGUGUGGUGGUACACACAGAGGAAGUAUUAUUUAGUACUUGAAGGAAAGACUUCAUCAGAUCUCUGACCUGUUGUGGGCCAUUUAAAUUAAUGAAGUGCACAGCAAAACUGCACUACUGAAAAAGUCACCCCAUUCACUUUAGGGGAAAGAGGGUCUACAUAUGCUAUGUAUAACCGAAGUGUACUACUUAGACUACAAUUUCUUCCAGCAAUGUUUUCACUCACAAGCUGAGUUGGAAGAAGAUUAAACUCCUAUAGGUUAGUGAUUUAGCUAACAUCUAAAACACUGCUUAAAUGCAGUUUGCCAUUAUGUGAAAGUCACUUGACCGUUGAAAUAAUUUUGCUUUAUAGCUAGCUUGAGUUUUGUUUGGAUUGUUUCUUAGACUUAAAAGGACCUUGAUGUUUGUAGCAUGCAUUCUCUUCUGCUGCAGUGAAAAAGGAAGUUGCUUAUGAAUAAAAAGGAAAGCAUGAAGGCACUCCUUUCAAAAAAAAAAGUUUGAAAACUUACUCUCUGGUUCUAAACACUGAUUUAACAUUUGACACCUCUAACUGGAACCUCUUUUAACAAUUGUCUUGGUGCUCCAAUGCUGGGUUGUCAGACUUUACUUCUACAAAUAAAAUUGUAUCAGCCUGAAUGGUUGGUUAUGCCUCAUUAAGAGUUUGACAUUGUUGCACAGCAUGUUUAAUGCUAAAGUUGUUUUUACCUGUUAGUUUGAUUUGCAUCAGUUUCCCUUUGGUAUUACUAAUUUUUAUACAAAGUGUUCAAUAUUUAUUCUUAAAUUUUGCUCUUUACCACAAAAAUACAAUUGUUUUGUAAAACUUGAUUUGAAUAAACAGACUUGUUGCUUUUUUU